AUGUACAGCGAGGGAGCCCAGCAGAGCAGCCCAAGCCUGGAGGAGGAGAAGGAGCGGGGAGCCAGUGCCAGGAGCUGGCAAGUGGCAAUAAAGAUUAUUGACAAGUCUCAGCUGGAUGCUGUAAACUUGGAAAAAAUCUACAGAGAAGUACAAAUCAUGAAGAUGCUGGAUCAUCCCCACAUUAUCAAGCUUUAUCAGGUUAUGGAAACCAAAAACAUGCUUUAUCUUGUCACAGAAUAUGCCAAAAACGGAGAGAUAUUCGAUUACUUGGCGAACCAUGGGCGCCUCAGCGAGUCAGAAGCAAGGAGGAAGUUUUGGCAGAUCCUUUCUGCUGUGGAGUACUGCCACAGUCACCAUAUUGUGCACCGAGAUCUGAAGGCCGAAAAUCUCCUGCUAGAUAACCACAUGAACAUCAAGAUAGCAGACUUUGGUUUUGGAAACUUCUACAAGACUGGAGAACCCCUAGCCACGUGGUGCGGCAGCCCACCAUACGCAGCCCCAGAAGUGUUUGAGGGACAGCAGUAUGAGGGACCUCAGCUGGAUAUAUGGAGUAUGGGGGUUGUACUCUACGUCCUGGUGUGUGGCGCCUUGCCAUUCGACGGUCCUACGCUCCCGAUCCUCAGACAGCGAGUGCUGGAGGGAAGAUUCCGGAUUCCAUAUUUCAUGUCUGAAGAAUGUGAGCACUUAAUUAGAAGGAUGUUGGUGCUAGAACCCUCAAAACGUCUUUCCAUUGCUCAAAUCAAAGAGCACAAAUGGAUGAUGACGGAGGUUCCAGUGAACCGACCGGUCCUGUAUGCACAGAACCAAGAGAAGGAAGCUUCUAUUGGGGAACACAAUGAACAAGUCCUGAGACUCAUGCACAGCUUGGGGAUAGACCAGCAGAAGACCAUAGAGUCUUUACAGGACCGCAGUUACAAUCACUUUGCUGCUAUAUAUUACCUCCUGGUGGAGAGACUAAAAUCUCACAGAAGUAGCUUCCCCGUGGAGGCUAGGAUUGACGCACGACAACGGCGACCAAGUACUGUUGCGGAGCAAACCGUUGCCAAGAUGAGUUCGGUGGUGUCUCCAGUGAGCCUCUUGCCUCAAAAUGUAAGGAUGAUGAGGACACCAGUUCUCCCAGAAACCUCAGCGGUGGAGCCCUUCUCUUACCCUCAAACCAGCUGCCAGGCUGAUACCACAUUCCUAGAAGAGGAGGCUGUGAAUACACCAACGGUUAAUGGCUGCCUGAUGGAUCCUCUACCCCCUGUAGCAAUGAGGAAGGGUUGCCAAUCUCUGCCGAGCAAUAUGAUGGAGACCUCUAUCGACGAAGGAAUUGAGACAGAAGAUGACUCUGAGGAGGAUCCGGCUGCGGCGUUUGCAGCAUUUCAAGGCAGACGUAGUGGGCAGAGACGUCACACUCUGGCAGAAGUGACCAACCAGUUAGUGGUCUUGCCCACUGUAGCACCAGACAUGGAAGGCAAGCUUUUCACUAUCGGUAACAACCCAUCUCUGGGAAGCGUCGACUCUGAAUACAACGGGGGAUCUGUUCAGAGCGACCUCAACUUUCAGGAAGAUACUGGAGUUCUGAAGGAAGUGGCUAUGGCUAACCAGUCCGUCACCAGGCUUACUCCACCGUAUAUAGGUUUACGGCCUACCACCCUGGCCAUGCCAGCGAUGUCUUCUGAAAAGCGUGAAGCACACAACAGGUCUCCAGUCAGUUUUCGCGAAGGAAGACGGGCUUCUGACACCUCACUAACACAAGGAAUCGUGGCAUUCCGGCAGCACCUUCAGAACUUAGCAAGAACCAAGGGCAUCCUAGAGCUCAAUAAGAUCCAGAUGCUAUAUGAGCAAAUGGGACCUACUGAAGAUCCAAAUCUCACACCCCAUAACCUAGAAGAUCCCAACCACCCCCAGACGAGUCUCUGUGCACAGCUUCAGAAUAUUUCAGCAUUCCCUAAUAACCUGCAACCUCCGCUACUGUCCAGGCGUCAGAGUUUGGAGACCCAGUAUUUACAGCACAGGCUGCAGAAAGGGAGUCUGCUGGUGAAAGCUCAGAACAGUUGCCCGCUGUACUGUAAGGAAACACCCAGAAGUUUGGAGCAGCAACUUCAGGAACACAGGCUACAUCAGAAGCGGCUCUUCUUGCAGAAGCAACCACAGCUACAGGCUUAUUUCAACCAGAUGCAGAUAGCGGAAAACACAUAUCCAAUGCAAGGGCAGCAGCUCUCAUUAUCACACCAGGAGUCCAUGCAACAGAAUCAGUUCAGCUUGUCACAACCCCUGAGCCCGGUACUGGAACCCGCGUCUGAUGAAAUGCAAUACGAUCCAUUCUUAAGUCAGUAUCACAAGCUGCAUUCCCAGCAGAUGCAACACAUGGUACAGCCCAGUCAACCACAGGUCCUAACCCAAGUUCACAUGCAGCAGCAGCCCUUACAGUAUGCCUACCAGACAUGUGAAUUACCUGGAGUGCCAACACUUGACUCGGAGUAUACAAACCAAUGCCAGUAUUCUAUAGAUACAAGUCAACAAAGCGGAGUGGCAUUACACGAUGCCCAGGGUAAUCUAACCGGACACGAUCCUCAAGCAUCUUACAAAACAUUGAACCUCAACGAGCCUUAUGACUGUGAGAUGAUGGAAACUGUUGACUCUCAGCACAGUGGCUAUGUUUUAGUCAAUUAGUUCCUUCAGAAGAAUUACUGUAUCGUGUCAGUAGGUUUUAAGAUGUAGGAGGAGAAAGUUUACUUGUAACUACUUUUUUCUUUUUCCCGAAUGAAGAAGAAGUCUACUUGAUAAGGAAUCUAGCCUACAGAGCAGAAUUGCGUCUCUGGAUUUCUCAAAUGUUACAAGUCCUGUACAGGCAGAGAAAAAAAAGGCGUCCUGCGAGGAAUUCAUUAGGACAUUUUCUGGAUCUUCUAGUGGAGAAGACCCUGACCUUCUGAAAAACAACAAACUUGGCUACUAGAUUAGCACGCUGGUCCUCCAAGGACCUGCAAUAUGGAGCCUUCGUAUGCCGAAGCACCUUUUGAAAGCAAUAUAGUUUUCUUUCUUUUUUUUUUUUUUUUUUUUUCAGGACAAAAAGUGUAUAGUGACCCUAACGUUGCGGUCAAAAACUUCUUGUAAAUGAACUUUAGAAAAAACUUUUAAUCUAAGCUACUGAGAGAGGCAGCAAGCACCUUCCCAAACAAUAUGGAGAAGCAAAGAACUGACUCUAGUGACCAGAUAAUACACUACUGUUUGGAGGUACACAUGUCACGAUGAACCUCAGCAAAAUAAAAGCGACUUGGUGUGAUGACCUCGAUAAGAGGUGACGCCGAGUGGACUUGAUUUGCUCGAAGCAAAAUUGACUGAACAGAAAAUAAGCUUCCUAUAUUUCAUGGACAGUAUGGGUUUUGAGAUUCUAGAUAACUGUUUGGCAGUAGACCAGGAUGUGUCAUACAUUGGUGGUGGAGACAUUAUGUAGACCUCCUUGGAAAUUCAGUAGGUUUCGGGAGGUGACACAAUUGUUACGAAACUGUACAUUUUUAGCAUAAUGAAGAAAUAAUAAUCUCGACUGUGUUUUUAGGUCACAGUAAUACUAUACGUUGCUGUUUGUCGACAAAGCUUUGUACAUUUGUUAAAACUAUUUAGAUUUUAGUCAGGAAAACUCGAAAUGAGCUACAAAAAAAAUGGUGUGAUGUGCGGUAGUUUUGUGCCUUUAUGAGUUCUUUUACAUAGAGUACACGUUACUUUUUUUUUUUUUUUCAAGAUUGAAACCAGUUAGACCGUACCCCAUUUCUAUCAAUGCUACAUCCAAAGUCGAUUCAGAGUUUGUGUGUAUUUACGUCUGUUCCACUGUGUGGAAAGCAAAAAGCGUUUUAAUUCAAUGUUUUUGAUUGCUUGUUUGUAGAAAGGAAAUGUUUUAAGAAGUAUUAUAGCAAUAUUUAAUUCUAUUUAAUGUCAUGAACUGUUGAUAUUAACCGUGGCAAUCGAUGUUUCAUGAAGAAGCUGGCGCAAGGGAGUUAAGAGUACCCCACGUAAGAGUUUAUCAGAUAAAAGUAGUAUUUGAUAUAGGUUACACUAUAGACGUAACCUCAGAUUCAGUAUACCUACCCGAUCACAUGUUGCACUUUCUAUAGAGUUGAGGUUUAAUAUAGCCAUAAUGUGGUAGAUUAUUUCAUUAUAUUACCACAUUUUUUGGGGAAAGAAGAAAAGACAGUAGUAUUAAUUGACUUCCUCCUCCCAUAUUAGAGCAUAUAGAUCUGUUGUGUUUUCUGAGCCACAUAACACUACUAUUAGGUGUAGGCGCUUUGUGCACAUUUUUUGUCUUUUGAUAGAAGCCCCUCAGAAGAGGUCAUCAGUGGCUGUCUGGGUCCUAGGACCUAAACCAAUCUCUAGUAAUACAAGAGCUAGGAGACAAAGGGUUACUGGGCUUGGGAGAGUGUCAUAUCCCCUUCUUUCUAGUCAUAGGUUUAGGUCCAGGCGACCCACCAAUGUCCUCUUCUGACAUGUAUGGCAUAUCACAAAAUGUGCACAAAGGGUGGGUUUUACAGGGGUUGCUUGAGAUCAGAAAAACAGGUCUAUGUAGAGGUCUGUAAGAGCACCACUCUUCUUCAUGGGCUGUGUCUGGAAUUGCAGCUCAUUUAAAGGGAGGCUGUCAUGUUGAACAUGGUGUCUGACCUGCAGUUGGCAUGUUAUAGAGCAGCAGGAGCUGAGCAGAUUGAUAUAAAGUUUUUGGGGAAACUUGAUUCAUAAUAACAUAUACUUUAUCCAUUUAAAUCCCAGCUCUUUCUAUGUGUAUGAGUCCAGUGGGCUGGAUUUUGCAUACAGGAAGAGCCAUCAAUAACUAAUGACUCUUAAGGGCUCUUUCACACGAGCGUGUCCCUUGUAGGAAUCGCGCUCCGUGUAAGAGAGGAAUCGUGCGGUCUGGACUACAGAAGCAAACGCCGUUAUCAUGAUUGAUAAUGCUGUGUG